GCCAGUCGUAGUGUUACGCGCGCGACAGCCCAUACGCGUGUUUUGUGUAUUAUUCUUGUUGUUGUUUUCUCGUGCCGGUGCGUGCGGCCGCGCUAUCGAACGUUUCACGUUUUAUCGCGUUCUCUGUGCUCGGCAGGCGGACGGAACCAGUUCGUAGCCCAAUCUCGCCAUGAUCGGCGUGUUCAGCACGGUCGUCAGCCAGUCCCGGCUCACCCGGAUCAGGCUGGUGACCAUCGACAACCCGGCGUUCCGUGUCCACUACCGCAUAACGUUCGCCAUACUGUUGGCGUGCACUACGCUGGUGUGCAGCCGUCAGUACAUCGGCGAGCACAUCCGGUGCAUCGCCACCGGCGUGCCCAACAAUGUCGUCAACACGUACUGCUUCUUCACCGCCACUUACACGGUGCCCGACACCAACCACUCGGCGCACCCGGGCGUCGGCCCCGUCCACUGGGACUCGCGCACCGUCCGCCACUCGUACUAUCAGUGGGUGCCGUUCGUGUUGUUCGGACAGGCGCUGCUGUUCUACCUGCCUCAUCUCGUGUGGCGUUCGUACGAGGCGGGAACCAUCAGGCUGCUCGUCAACGGGUUGCAACGGCUGUACCUAAAGGUGGACGGCGACCAGGACGUGGCCGUGCCCGGUGCCAGGACCAUACCGUCGGAGGCGACCAGGUGGGCCAAAAUGCGGGAGGUCAUGAACCACCUUGACACGGUCACCCGGUUCCGGUUGAAUCGCAACUGGGCCGCGGUGCUCAUCGGGUGCGAGGUGCUCAACCUGGUCAACGUCGUAUUCCAGAUGAAGCUCAUGGACAAAUUCCUGGGCGGCCAGUUCUACGGUUACGGACUGCACGCGUUCGACGACGACAACGGCGACAGGCUGUUCGACCGGGUUUUCCCCAAGAUGACCAAGUGUGACUUCCACAAGUUCGGUCCGUCCGGCACCAUGCAGACGCACGACGCCAUGUGCGUGAUGGCUCUCAACAUCAUCAACGAGAAGAUCUACGCCGUCCUGUGGUUCUGGUUCGUGCUCGUCCUGCUGCCCGUCAGCGUGGCCGCACUCGUGUGGCGCGGCGUCCAGUAUGCGCUCCACUCGCGCGAGUCGUUCAACCGACUAAUGCUGCGCGAGUCGUCUCCGGGCGCUCGUCUCGACCCCGUCGACCUGGCCGUCAUCGCUAGGCAGACCACGUACUCCGACUGGCUGUUCAUGUACUACCUGUCCGGCAACAUGGACGGCGCCGUCUUCCGGGACCUGUUGCACAGCUACGCCACCGGACUCCGGAAGGAACCGGGUUUGCAGGAUAGCGAUGACGACGACACAGCGCCGCUGGGCAAGGCCAUCUGAUCGACGCCACUGCCAUGUCAACGCCGCUUCCGCUACGCGCACGACGAUCAUAUUUUAUAAUUCAAUACAAUACUAUUAAUGUAUAUUGUAAUAUGUAAAACUUAGUCCUGCAAAGGCGUCCCUCAUACCGUUUUCUCAAAGAACCGAUCGUGUGCGCGUGCGCGUCCCGCGUACGUUUUUCCAUUCCGCCCUUCCCCACCCCCUUCGACCGCAAUUUGUGGUUAGCCUACAUUUUUCACUGUCAUUCUGAAUCCACCACCCCACAACCCAUCAUCCCUCCACAAUUCCAGCUGUAAUCCUUCGAGGACAAAUUGUAUUAAUUAAUAGAAUUUUUUUAUUAUUUGUAAUGUUACGAUGUUACUCGAGUUCGUCUGACCCGACAAUUUUCAAUUUUUUUUUUUUUUGUACGUUUGUAAUUUCAUUCCGAAUACGUGCGUUCCGAGUCCAAAAUUAAACCAAUAAAAAGUCAAUGUCGCGUGCGCAUGUGUACGGUACAACAAUAGUCGGAGAAAAAAUAUAGUAAAAUAAUAAUGGCAAUUAAAUUUUUAUCAUUCGUGUACUUAAUUUAUGUAAUAGACGACCGAUUUGAGGUACACAGGUACACGUUUCGAAGGUCGUCGUUACACAUAUUAUAAUAUAUUUAUAGUUUAUACGCGCGUGUUAUGAUGCAUAUAUAUUAUUAUUAUUAUUAUAUUUGUACGAUUAUAACAUAAAAUGGACUUUAUUCUUAUGAUGAUAACUUGUAUAUAAUAUAUGUAAAACUCUGUACGUCUCACUAUUAUUAUUAUUUUUUUCUAAUAUUUUUAAGUACAUAAAUUUUAUUAUAAUAUAUUUUAGUUAAACGAAAUUAAAGAAAAAUUAUAU